AGAUGGAUUCUGAACUUCAUAUCAAAUAUUCAAAGAAUUUAAUCACGAAGGUUUUCGAUUUAUUCUUCAGGUACAUUCAAGUCCCCUGAAUAUAAUACUGCUAAUUCGAAGAAAUGAAUAAUCUUCUUGGCGGAGUGGAUGACAGAUUCAGAUCUUCCAUAGCAGAUUCAACAAUGAUGUGGAUUGUGCACUACGCGAUGGAGAAAGCGCACGAAAAAUUGAAGGAAAAACGAGGAGUUAUUUCUCAAUUAAACGAGACAUCGAAGUUCUAUGAAUUGGCAGUAAUGCAGCUUGAGGGAUGUCUGAAGUUUGUUCAGCAAGAAACUGGGAGUUACAUUCUUGAAAGUUGUCACGAAGAACUCAUCUCGGAUUUGACAGAGAUUAAGGAUCGACUUCAGGGACGUCUCAAGGAAUCGGAGCUCGCGAUAUUAGAGAAAGACACAGAAUUGACAGAGAGAUUGGAAAAUGAGUUAAGGCUUGGAUUUGCUCUGGAAGCGAAGGAGAAAGAAUUAGUCUCGUUACACGCGAAUCUUGAGCUAGAACGCGCAAAGCGUGAGGGAGUUGAGGAGAUAGUAAUGAGCAGCUGUGAGGCUAGAGAUGAUGGAAGUGAAGGGGAGCUCUCAGAGCUGAAGAAUUCUGUUGAUAUGCAAGUGUUGAGCAUCAUACAGAAGCUAGAACCGGAGAAGGAACCUUCGGAUGAAGGGAGAUAUCUCGAGAAACCCAUUGAAAAGAUGAGUUCUGACUUAGAUAUCUUGAAAGGAACUCUUGAUCUUGCUUUCAAGAAAAUGUAUGGUGCUCUUUUCUUGUCUGAAAUGGGUCCCCUGGAGCAGAAAUGGAUGUGGAAGAUUGAAAAAGAUACAAUUGGUAUACUAAUAAGAGGUUUCAUGAAGGAAUUUCAGCAUAAUUCUGAAGUGGAAACGAAGACUCAAGAGAAUCAAGUUUUACGAAAGUAUUUUGUUCAUUCGACGAAGGAGAUCAUAUACCUACGAGGGGAGCUCGAGCAUAUCCUUGAACAAAUUGAGGUUCAACUCGAAGCUGUGAAAGCUUGUGGAAAAAGUUUUAUGAAACCAAUAGGGAAAUCUUUAUCAGAAGGCGAUAAUCAUAUAAGUUCGAAGAAUUUCUCCUUCGAAGAAAAAUUAAUAAAAGGACAUCCUCCACGACGGAGAAGAGGAGAUAAUGGAAACUAUGUUGCUAAGAUGAUAAAAAAUCAUGAAUUGAUUAUUCAAAGAAAGAACGAAGAGUUGAAUUGGAUAAAACGAGAACUUCAACCAACUCUGAAGGAACGAAAAUAUCUUAUUAAUCCGAAAGGAAAGAUAGAGGAAAGUAUCACGAGAUUGGAUAAUCUAAUUAACGUGAACGCUAGGAUAUGCGAAAGUUUUGAUGAUGAAGAAGAUGUAACAUACUUAGAUGAAUCCAAGUUUUCCCCAGUUGAUGUAAUGAAUGAAAAGAAUCUGGGUUUGGACAGUUUGGAUGAUGUCUGGAAGAAAAUGCAUCAGACUUCGGAUUCAGAUGGAAUCAAGGAAGAACAAUGCAAUGAACUUGGAAUACUGAGACAAGAAAAAGAAGAUGCAGAUUUGCUAACAGUGAUCAUGGAAGACACUUAUCUAACUCUGUUCAAAAGUUUGAUGAAUAAUUUCUACAGUGAUUUAUUGAGCCAAAUAGACAAAGAUGAUAUCUAUGAAAAACAAAUAAGGGAAAUUGUAAAUGAAGGACUCAAGAAAAUUGAAAGUGACGAGAUUGACAUUGAGACUCGAGAAGAGAUAUUUUAUAUCGUCUUUAGCGAGACAACAAAGGAUCUUCUUAACCAUCUUCUCGAAGCUAAAACAAACUCGCUACAAGAUGCAACAUCGGACGAUGAAUUAAUGGCUCAAUUAAGGGAGGAUGUACAUACAACUACAUUCAGAGAGGCGUAUAGAGAAUGGAAGAAGAGUGUAGAAAUUUACAACGAUGAAGGCCUUUUUCGACAAGAGGUGAAUCGGAUAGUAUUUGACGAGACGAAUAGAGAUAUCUUGGAUAUCGUCAAUUACGUGCUAUACGAACUUAACAAGUUCGACAUUUCUAAAAAUUUCGAGUUCAUAAUAUAUGAAAAAUUAGGGAUGAUUAUUUCCAGGCUGGAAAACGUGAAGCUUCAAUUACAUUCGUUGAUCGAACUUGUUGCUUCACUGAGGAGAAAACAAUUGCUUUACAAGACGGCUUUUAUUAAGAGAUGCGAGAAUCUUCAAAAGGCGGAAGCAGAAGUUGAUCUGUUGGGCGAUCAAGUUGAUAUGCUCGUCGGAUUACACGAGAAGACAUAUCAGAUUUUGCACCAGCACUCGCCAGUUUUGCAGUCUUCCGAGGUGCCGGAGCUUUUGAAUCUGAUCGAGCAAGAAGUUGCUGCGGUUGUGGAUUUUAAAGAGAGAGUAAUUUGAAACUUGUAGAGAAAGAGCCUUUUUUUUUUUCUCUUUCACUAUGUAAUGUCUCGGUAUUUUCGAAUCGUG